AUGGGGAUACCGUUUGUUAAAGGACUACGAUGUCCAGUGUCUGAUCCAGCUAACCCUCACACACUACCCCGUAGUGAUGGGGAACACCUUCUGUCUGGCUGCUUUAAGUGCGGAAAACAACAUGUAUACCAAGACGACCUCGGGCUGAUUCAAGAUCAUUACCGCUGCACCACCUGCGAUGUGUGGUUUCACACUUUUUGCCAAGACCGUCCAAGGAAGAUAAGACACCCUUAUCACUUGCAACAUCCUCUCACUCUCACUCUCAUUGAUGGUGAUGAUGAAACCGUGAUCGCAAUAUCGGAGCAAGAGAACAAGUCCGAAUCCGUCUUCAAUAAAGGCUGCAACUGGUGUGGAGGAGAGCUUGGCAAUCUUGACAAGAAGUACUACCGUUGCUCUAUCUGUGGCUUUUGCUUGGAUCAUUCUUGCGUAAAGAAAUCUCCACCUCCAACAAUCACAAAUCCGAAAAGCCAUCACCAUCCACUCGUUUUAUUCCCUCGACCCUUCUCACUCCCUUGUGACGCUUGUGGGUUGGUCGACGUUUCAGAUCCGGUUUAUGCUUGUUACCAAUGUAAUUACAUGGUCCAUCAGAGUUGCAUCUCCUUACCACGCGUUAUCAAGAUUACACGUCAUCCCCAUCGCCUCUCUCAUACUCCGUUUUUCCAACCGCAAGUCUCAACAUCAUGUCAGAUCUGCUACAAGGCUGUUGAUAUAAAGUAUGGCCAGUACGCUUGCCAUCUUGAGGGAUGUUCUUAUGUAGCACAUUCUACAUGUGCAACGCAUGAGAAUGUAUGGGACGGGAAUGAGCUCGAAUGGGAGCCCGAAGAAGAAACCUGUGAGACUGAAGAAGAUAUCGAGCCAUUCGAAAAGGUUGGUGUGGGUUUGAUAAGAUAUUUUCUUCAUCAAGAACACCAUCUGAGGCUCCUCAAGUAUGAUAGGGUUAGGGAUGCAGAUGAUAAGCAGUGUGAGGCGUGCAUCUUACCUAUGGACGCUCGUGAUUUCUACAGUUGUAUGCAAUGCGAUUUCUUCCUCCAUGAGAUGUGCUACCACUCCAAAUGA